AUGUGGGGCGAAAAGGAGAAAUCGGAUCCGCUGCUUUUGGGUGGAUUCAACAUGGGCAUGGGAAAUGGCCUACAUCCACACAAGUACUCGCAUCUCUACCAAGGACUUCAUCAAGGAAUCAACGGAAAGUCACGACCCGUCGUGCUUUGGAAAGGAGAAACUGCCAGGAAAAAACGAUUCGGUUGGUUCUCUUUGCUGGGCUUUUAG